AUGGCUGCAAUCCAGUUGUCAGCAUCAAGGCAGGACAAGAGCGCCGAGGAAGUCAGGAUAGAGGGGGGCGAGGGAGGGAAUGUGCUGCUGGACUGCAAGAAACUCCUCUUGGGAAUCUUCAAGAAGGUUGAGGGAGGCAGUGGAUGGGUACCAAGGGUGGGAUCAAGGGAGCGGGUAUGCAUGCGGGGGAGGAGGAAGGUUGCUGGAGCUGGUGCCGCUGCUGCCGCUGCUGCCGCUGCUGCCGCUGCUGCCGCUGCUGCCGCUGCUGCCGCUGCUGCCGCUGCUGCCGCUGCUGCCGCUGAUGCCGCUGCUGCUGCUGCUGGUGCUGCUGCUGCUGCUGCUGCUGCUGCUGCUGCUGCUGCUGCUGACGUGCCGACUGUUGCCCCGACUACUGCCCCUGCGAGUGAUGCUGCUGCUGUUGCUUCUGCUGAGCCGACUGCUGCCCCUGCUGCUGCUGCUGCUGCUGCUGCUGCUGCUGCUGCUGCUGCUGCUGCUGCUGCUGCUGCUGCUGCUGCUGCUGCUGCUGACGUGCCGACUGUUGCCCCGACUACUGCCCCUGCGAGUGAUGCUGCUGCUGUUGCUUCUGCUGAGCCGACUGCUGCCCCUGCUGCUGCUGCUGCUGCUGCUGCUACUGCUGCUGCUGCUGCUGCUGCUGCUGCUGCUGCUGCUACUGUUGCUGCAGUUCCUGCUGCUGUUGCUGCAGUUCCGGCUGCUGCUCUGGCAGAUGCUGCUGCGGUUGCUGUUGCGACGGUUGAGGAGGGGAGGAGGGAGAGGGAGGAGGAGGGGCAGUGGAAUGGGCUGGUGAAGCACGUGCAGCAGGGAUCGUAG